AUGCAGCUGCUGCUCCGCUCGAACUCGCUCAUUUGCCAGUCGAUCCGGUGGAACUGUCCGUGGCACAGAAACAGUUUCCGACCGUGCUACUUCCCGUACAAACUGCAAGAGAAGCUGAACGUGGACACUGUCGAAAAGCGCACAGAAACCCGAGGCGGACGACUAAUGUUGAUGAGAAGAAUUCUGAGAGAGCAGAAGUUCCUGGGAUACAUCACGAAGCCGGCCGACUCAAAGAAGAUCUCGUAUCCGCUGUGA